AUGGAGAAAGUUAUCUAUUCCUUCAAUGGAGAAACUGUUGCAGGAGAACAGGCGCCUUUUCAGUAUAGUACAUGUCUAGCUGAUAAAGGCUAUACCACUCUAAUCUUCGAUCUACACACAGUUGGGAAGAGUACCGGUCAGCCCCGGCAAUUAGAGAAUCUGAAAAUAAAGAAUGAGGAUAUUGUUGCUGGUCUUGAUUACCUCCAGUUGCGUGGCGAUAUCAAUAAAUCUAAGCUCUUCUUGGUCGGUAUCUUGAUUGGAGUAGCAUCCGUGACUGGAUACUUCUAUGACCAUGAAACCGACGUGUAUAUGAUCUGUGCUGGGUGUGUCAAUACAGAACCCGGUACGGAUAUCUCCUCUCUGAAGAUGCCUACACCGGAACAAGCACACGAGGCUAAAUUGUUUUAUGAGAAAACUGGAGAGAUUAUCUAUCAGCCCCUCGUCGAUCCUAAAGUAGCAGAUCCUGAUACUGGGUCAUUGGCAGGCCUUCCCGGUCCGGUUGUAUGGGCAUGGUAUGGCCCGUGGACUCUGAAGGGAUUUGACAAUAGGUAUGCUCCUGUACUGAUCAUCCAUAGAGAUACCUGUAUGAAUGUGGCAGCUGCGAAGCGCCAUUUCGAGUCAAUUCCCAUGCAGAAGAAGAAACUGAUUUGGGAUAAUGAUGUUUUGCAUUUCCAGCACUAUAAUUAA